GUGCUGCUGAAAAGUCCUCCCAGACAAGGUUCGGUGGAAACCAGCUUUUGUUGUCGACCUGCGCCGCCCUGCGUUUGGAGACAACACGCACGACCUGACACCCCAAAUGGGCACGACAAUCUCGUUAGCAGCAACAAGACCAAUCGUAGUUACCCUGAACGGGGUAAAUAUGAUAACGAAGUUGAAAGACUGCCGCAAGCUGUACCUUGCAAACUUAUCUCAUGGAAUACUGACGCGAUAUACGUGGGAAACCUUCAAAGUGAUAGUAUGGCGGAAUUUCGAUAUAAAAAGCUCCCUAAUACAAGGGGAAUACCCCUCCCGAAUGAGAUGUCAUAGACAGUCCAUGCAUACGUGUCUGCCUCAAAGCCCAAGAACUUUGCAAUCAAUACGACACCAACUAUGGUACGUCAAGACAACUGUGGACGAGUUACAUAUCGUUCAGUUGAAGUCAUGUGACUGUACAAGAAACACCGAUACCCCCUGCAAUAUGUGUCGUCAAUUAUCGGUUUCACUCCUGCAUCACGUGUGGGAGGCUAGUGUUUCAGUUGUUAUGUUGUCGUCGAGAACAACCAUAUCCGUUUUCAAGGAUGACUACAGCAAUGGCAGCACCACCGCCGGUCUUUGCUUCCUUCCGUACUUCAGGAGCCUUCAGAACCCUUGUAUGUGCUAAGUGGUCAGAAAUCGAUGUCGGCAAACUAGUUCGUUACACUCGUACAAUUAUGGGGUGCUCAAUCGAAUGAGCAGACCAAAUCGGCAGACUAUCGAUGGACCAAUCAAAACCCAGAUCAAGAAGAAAGUAGCCAAUCAAUUUCACUGUUCGACAUUUCAACAUCGAUUUAGUGCGUGAAUUAAAUUUGUGUGAAACUGGACGAUCUUUCAAAGAAAUUCGAC